GAUCACUUUGCAGAUUUAGUGCCGGAGACAAGCUCGGACGGGCAGGAGCAGGUCAGGACUGCGAAGGGAGGGGGAAGAAUGAGUGAGAAUGGAAUGCAGAAGGUGGCAGCCACGGACAAGGAGCAAUUCGUGGGGUUCUUUCCACAGGUCGUCAAGGACCUGAUGGAGGAUGAACUCCAUCAGGCAGAAGUAGCGGAUGCUGUGGCCAGGCUGAAGAAGGUGCUAGAAUACAAUGCCGUUGGUGGGAAAUAUAAUCGGGGGCUGACUUUGCUUUCUGCCUUCCGGGAGCUGGCCAAGCCAGACCAGCAGGAUCCGAAGAAUAUCGCCUGUGCUCUAGCUGUCGGCUGGUGCAUUGAACUGCUUCAGGCCUUUUUCUUGGUAGCAGAUGACAUCAUGGACUACUCAGUGACACGCCGGGGGCAGCCCUGCUGGUACAAAAAGGAAGGAAUCGGCCUGGAUGCUGUGAAUGAUGCUUUCUUGCUCGAGGCCAGCAUCUAUCGGCUGCUGAAGCGAUACUGCCGCGGUCAGCCAUAUUACCUAAACCUGCUAGAACUCUUUCUGCAGACAUCAUACCAAACUGAACUAGGGCAAGCCCUAGACCUUAUCACUGCUCCAUCAUCCAAGGUGGAUCUGAACCGCUUCACAGAGCAGAGGUACAAAGCGAUUGUAAAAUACAAGACAGCCUUCUAUUCUUUCUACCUCCCAGUGGCGGCUGCUAUGUAUAUGACUGGCAUAGAUAACGAAGAAGAACAUGCUCAUGCCAAGACUAUCCUUAUGGAGAUGGGGGAGUUUUUCCAGAUCCAGGACGAUUACCUGGACUGCUUUGGGGACCCCGAGUUGACUGGAAAGAUUGGCACAGACAUCCAAGACAAUAAAUGCAGUUGGCUGGUUGUGCAGUGCUUAAAACGAGCCUCACCAGAGCAAAGGCGCCUCCUUGAGGAAAGUUAUGGACAAAAAGACAUGGAUAAAGUGGCCCGUGUGAAGCAACUCUAUGAGGAGCUGGGCCUGAGAGACGUUUACCGGGACUAUGAGGAGAGCAGCUACCAGCGUUUGUCGGGCCUCAUUUCUCAGCACGCCGUCCACCUGCCCGCUCAAAUCUUUCUUUGCCUCGCUCAGAAGCUUUACAAGAGGCAAAAGUGACAGGCUUGGCCACUAAAAAAGACGCCAGCCUGGAGUGAUAAUUCUUUGUUUUCCUUGCCUGGACUUUAGACGUCAGAUAGUGGAACCGCUGAAGUAAUUUUACCUCAUGAGCUAGAGCAGAAAAGGGGCCAGGGUGAGCAAUGAAGGAGAAAAAUGCCUCCAAACAUUUCUCAAAGCAUGGCUCUGCCCCUCUGGUGUGAAGGCUGAACAUUUCUAGAGGAGUUGUUUUUUUUUCCUUAAAGGGGUGUCUACAUAGUAAUGUGGUCACAACCAACAUGAGAAACCUGUUUUGCAAUUUCCCAGCCUGGCUCCUGAAGAAAAGGAGCCACAAAUCAAUAACCAAGACACUGGAAUGUUACAAUUCCCACAUUUGUUUUAAGGAUGGUGGGAAGAGAAACAGCAACUGUAUUUAAAAGGUGUUUUCAGAAGCUGGAUUUAGACGUAGGGCCAAAGGGAGCCAAAUGUAAUCCCCAGAGACCCCCCAUCUCUCCCCAGCAUGGCUUCUGGUUUUGUCAGCAGUAGCAGCCUGGCUAUCUCCCUUUCCCUGUUAUUCCCCAUUCCUCAUAAGUAUGGAUUCAUACAACACAAUGAGCUACCAUGGGUUGUGAGCCACUUUUGUUCCAGGGUGGCUGGGUUGUAUGAACCCAGCAUCAUGGAUUGUCAGACCACACAUAAGCCACUCAGCAACAAACAUGGCUCACAAUUCACCAUUGUUUAUGUUCUGCAAACCCAGUCCUUCCUCUCUGAGAAGCAGGAGUACUUUAAAAACAAAACAAAAGUUUAAGAAACCCUGUUACUGAGCACAUGGAGGGGUGGGGAACAGUUUUGCAUCUGAAGCACAACUUCUUUUACUGCAAGAUAAGUUUGUUCUGUAUAAGAGGAGCAUCUAAUCCAUGGCAAGGAUUUUUCCUCACACAUGUUCUCACAAGUGAGGCAGUUACUUCUUGUUUUGAUUUGGGAAGGGAAGGAGAAUGAAGUAGGCUUUUUUUCUCCCCAAUCUCCUAAAAUGUCCAGCACAAAUAUUACUGACAGACCUUUCCAUACUGUUCCCUUCUUAGACAAGGGCAAAACUAAUUUGGGACUCCCGAAACAAUCCCCGUUUAGGGAGGACAUGGGAUGACAAAAGGUUCUUCCGCUCUGGAGUAGAAUCCAAGGACUGAAAUUGUGGGUUUAGGAUGGCAACGGUUGUGCCUGUUGUGCGCUUGUGUUAAGAUCCCUCUGUCAUAGUGGAAUGAACGUUCAGGCUGGAGAAAAGAGGGUGUAGCAAUAAAUUAUUUUCUGAAAUGGA